CCAGCUGUGGGGGGCGGUGCCCGCGCUCUAGGGACAGCUUCACGCCCUCGGGCGGGACAGAAACAAGCUGAGAGCAGUUGUGGGCGCAGGGCCUCCAAAAUGAGGCCGGCGUUCGCCCUGUGCCUCCUCUGGCAGGCGUUCUGGCCCCGGCCGGGCCAUGGCGAACACCCCACCGCCGACCGCGCGGGCUGCUCGGCCUCGGGGGCCUGCUACAGCCUGCACCACGCCACCUUCAAGCGGCAGGAGGCCGAAGAGGCCUGCAACCUGCGCGGCGGGGCGCUCAGCACCGUGCGCGGGGGCGCCGAGCUCCGCGCGGUGCUCGCUCUCCUGCGGGCAGGCCCGCGGCCCGAAGAGGGCUCCAAAGACCUUCUAUUCUGGGUGGCGCUGGAGCGCAGGCGAUCCCACUGCACCCUGGAGAACGAGCUGUUGCGGGGUUUCUCUUGGCUGUCCCCCGACGUCGGCGAGUCAGAAAGCGACACGCUGCAGUGGGUGGAGGAGCCCCAACGCUCCUGCACCGCUCGCAGUUGCGCGGGACUCCAGGCCACCGGGGGAAUCGAGCCCGCAGGCUGGAAGGAGAUGCGAUGCCAGCGGCGCGCCGACGGCUACCUGUGCAAGUACCAGUUUGAGGGCUUGUGCCCCGCUCCGCACCCCGGGGCCGCUUCUAACUUGAGCUACCGCGCGCCCUUCCAACUCUACAGCGCGGCGCUGGACUUCAGUCCCCCCGGGACCAAGGGGGACGUAAAAAGCCAGAAGCGCUUAGGAAAAAUUCCCUCAUUGAAGAACCCAGAGGAGCGAAGAAGUGACCCCUUCCCAGCCCUCAGAAAAGUCCACUUGAAAUAUGGAUUUUCAAGUCAAAUCUUGUCAGUCAGCUCCUCUCCAGCUCGAACCCAGAAGGAACUGGCCAACUGGCCUCCUCAACUUUGACAUCGUUGCAGAAACACCUUCCUUUUCUUUGUGGGUGAAAUCGGAAGCUGGACUGUAUCUCAUUAUCCCUAAGGCAGCCCUUUCAAGAGUGAACUCUAUCAUACCCUGUCUCCAGAUAGUCCACAAAACAGUAAAUGAUCACUAACAUUAUCACUGGACCUGCCUUCCUCUCAGUAAACCACAUAACAACGUUGAACCUCUCUGCCUUCUUUUAACACCAACAAAAGAAAUGUAUUGAAUGAGCAGCAAGAUAUCCAUCUGAACAUGUGGAAUAGGUUCUCAUGAGCUCAGAGGUAUAUGGUGCAAUAAGAGAGCAGCACAGACUUUGCAGUGCUUUAUUUUUAAAGCACACACCACUGUAACGAUCAUGUAGCAUCAGUCAUUACAGUUGAGAACCUCACCUCUGAUGUGGUGCACGGGGAUAAAAACAACCCUACUACCCAAGUGUUUUUUUAAGAAGAUUGAUAUAAAUAUGACAUCACUAUUAUUUGUUCAGAAUAACUUGGGAAUAUAUCACAAUUUUUUAAAAUGUAUCUUCCAUAAUAUUCUCCAGGAGAACUCUUUGCUUUUUCUCUCUUGCCCAAACUCUAUGUUCAGCAUUUUUCAAUGAUCAGGAUUAAACUGGAUGAGGCAUCAAAGAUUUUCAAAUAAUGCUCUUUCCUUGGGAUAUCAUGUCAGAAGAUGGCCUGAGAAAUUCCACCCUGGAAACACAGAGGUCACCGGUAAGAGAGAGACAGAUCACGGACGCUAAACUGAUACAUGUUACCUCCCUCCAUAAAUCCUAUUUCAUUGCAGUCUCUUACCCUGAGGUGAGCUCAUCACCUUAGGACAGGAGAGGGCUUGUUGCCAGCCUCCAGGCAAUGCAGAAAGGCUGGGAGAUCGCGUGAAGUGGUGGGGGUGGGGGUUGCACAGAGAUUAGCUAAAUUCUUUUUCUCCUGCCUCAGCACAUCAAAGGCUAAGAUUAAAGGACGCAAGUCCUAUGCCUUUUCCUCUAGUGUAAAGGGUAUGCGAGGUGUGUGGAAUGUUUUUAGUAAACGGGGUUGACAAAGGUAAGGAAAGACGCAAGAGACUUGAGACAGAACCACAGAAAAGGUUAUCAGACAGAGGAGACCCAGACGUUCACUCAUCUAGAGCCGCCCUAGAUCCCUCCUAGUCACUGAGCCAAGAGGCUCAGCAUGCGGCUGCCUAUGGCAGGGCCACGUCACUCCUUGGCAGAGGCGGGGUGGACCCCCAGCUGGGCGGCUGUAGGAGAACCACGGAGGACUGUGAGAAGGCUGCAGCCUCCCCAGCUCGGAGGUCAGAUCACAGGCUCUGGAAGCUGCAGCUUUCAACAUAUUGCAGCCAGAAAUCAUCCAGGCUGACAAACAACCUAUUCCCAGAGAGCAAAGGGCAGACAGGGCGCCUUUCCCUGAGGACCCCACCUCACCCCCUCCUCCGUUAGGAUGCAUGAAACCUCUUCCCAAUAUUCACUCUAAAGCCAUUUUAGAGGUGAAAGAGGAAAAGGAGGCCAGCCAAGAGACUGUCUAAACUUAAACAAAAUUUUGAAAUUUUCUGAAAAUGGCUAUUUAAAUUAUCAGCUCAAUUGGAUGUUUGAAUAUUUAUUUAAUAGUUUUUUCUCCCAGCUAACCAGCUAGAAGGGGCUUGGAAUAAUGUUUAGAUUAGACAAAACCAAAAGAACAAAUGUUUUCUCUGCACAUCUAAGUUAUGAAUUCAAUUUGCCACUUUGCUAUAAUUUUUAAAAAUAAUAAUGAAAAGACAAAAGUCUAGCUAUCUUUAGUUGUACUGAAAUAACAUAUGGAACUCUAAAGCCUAGAGUUAAAGGCAUUUGAGGUAUUUGAAGCCUACAUUCCCCAUUCUGGUUCUGGAAUCACUGUUUAGAAAAUGCUCGUUUUUCUUUAUUUUGCUGUGAAAAUAAAACCACUCUAAAAAAAAAUUAAGUCUGUAAAAAACAAA